AUGGAUAUCACACAAGAGCUGAAAGAGGCGGACAAGAAUAGGAAGAAGGGUCCAUCUUCAAAACUUAGGGGACACCCUCGUGAUGAUCCACGGAUACGGGUGUCGAAGAGCCUGAGCUGGCUGCUACGACAUGGUGCAAAAAACGCAGGAUUAGACAUGAGAGAAGAUGGGUAUGCCAAAGUCACGGAUGUCCUCUCGAAUCCCAUGUUCAGAGAUGUCAACUUCUCUCAGUUGCAAGAGAUUGUCAGCAAAGACCAAAAGCAGCGAUACCACCUUCUAUCAGAGCCUCGGUCAUCUGACUCACCGUCUGACAUAUGGUGGAUCAGAGCGAAUCAAGGGCAUUCCUUGAAGACUGUCACGCUGGACAUGCAGCCUAUCACAUCUGCAUUGGAUGUACCAAUGGCUGUCCACGGCACGACGCUUGUUGCCUGGCAGUUCAUAGGUAAAUUCCUGUUCAUGAGCUGGUUUGUCCUUUUAACACACAUGUCAGCUACGCAAGGCCUAUCCAAAAUGAAGCGAAAUCACAUCCAUCUUGCCCAAGGCAUUCCGGGAGACAGUGUCAUGAGCGGGAUGCGUAACUCUUCACAAAUUUUGAUUUUUGUUGAUGUGCAGAAAGCCCUUGAUGAUGGCAUUCCGUUUUACUUGUCCGCCAAUGGCGUCGUCCUGACAGAUGGCAAUGAAGGAUUCCUGUCACCAAUAUAUUUCCAGCGGGUGGAGUUUGCCAAGGAUCGCUCACCGGUACCGGGGUGGGAAGGCGCAGGGCCAGUUAUACAGCGAGUAUCGCUCGCUCAGUCCUCACCGUCCGAAGAUCUUAAAGUUACACAGUCAAAUUCAAGUACAAGCGAAACAUAG